GUCCCAGUUCCCCUUCAUAGAGAUGCUCCAGGAUCUCUCCGCAGCCGCCGCGGCUCAAGGGGGGAAGCACUGGGGGCGCCUGCCGGCGCCGGGGCCUCCAGGGGUCCCCCCCAGGAGCGAUGCCGCGCGGCAACCAUCACGGCCUGUGGCUGCCCACCGCGAAGGACAUCUUUCGGUCGCGCUGGAAGCGCUUCUACAAGCGCUGCUACAGGCCUCGCAGCAGGGGGAACAUGGUGGACCUCCCGCCGCCGCACGAGCAGGGGAAGCUGAACACCGACGGCGUGCCCGCGCCCUGGAAGCUGCGCGUGUCCGUGCAGGAUGCCGAUAUGCCGCCGGACUCCCGGCGCCUCGCGUGGCAGCUGUACAGGAGCAACUUCUACGACUACAUGAGGCCCUACAGGGCACUGGUCGGCGCGGACCAGAUGACGUCGAAAGACCAACAGGGGGACCAGUGGUCGAAGAGCAACCAGAUGCAGCAGAUGCAGGCGCUAGGCGAUGCAGACGCGCUCAACCACGUGCUUCGGUGCCUUGAUCCAGGCAUCAGAAGACGAUGCGACUCUGGAUAUGGUCGCCCCGAGACGAUGACAGAGUUCUCGCCCGACAGCGUGCCAGAGCACGUGUACAACGAGGUUGCGAACACAGCAAAGCAGGAGGGAGAGGUUGCCCAGCGUUUCCUGGACAACCUCCAGGGGAUGGCGGGGAUGAGGGAGGGCGGAUUCGAGACCUUUCCCGUGGCUCGCUUCUACGAGCUGUGCGAAGAGAAGGAGAUCCUCUGGCACGACGUCGCGGUGAACACUCGCGGGAGGCCCCUCGGCGGCCAGCAGGGCCCGCGCGGCGCCGAGCAGCAGGGCGACGCGGCGAGGGGGCCCGACCGUGGGCACUUCCCGUACAUCGACGAGCAGGCCGCUCUUGUCGACGAGCUCCGCUUGGACGAGGUUCUGCGGCUGCGCCACCGCCGCAACGAGCGCCGGCAUCCGAAGUGGAUCGAGAAGGCUUACCAGACCAGGCAGCGUCACAAGAAGUAUCUGCACCGGCGCGCAAUCAACCUCGACGAGAUCAAGGAGAGGAUGGGGGUGCUCAAGCAGGGCAUCGGCGUCGAGUGAAGCCUGCCGCCACGGCAACGCUUGCGCGCGCGCGCUCGGUUCUCCGCGACCUCGUCGCCGCCGUCGCCGCCGUCGGCGGCGGCACAGGCGCUGUUCGGCGACCGCUUGCGAACGCUUCCCUGCGGGUCCGAUCGAUGCUGGGCAGCAAAGGCCGCCGCCGGGGGUGCGCAGCUGUUCGCGCCGCGCGGCUCGCGGCCCCGCGGCGCGAGAGAGAGUGCGAAGUUAGGUUCGCGCGACCCACGCUCGGCGAAGCGCGAAGCGCGCACAGAGUCGCCCUUGGGGAUAGGGUUUCCAUUGGGAGGUCCUCCCCAUCCCCCUCCCCCUCCCCCUCCU